GCGGCUGUGCUCACAAUGUCGGGCAGAAAGCCUCGGUCUGUGGCAAACCCUCUGGAGUCUGCGAUCACCACACCGAGUGAGAGGAUCCUGAAAGAAUGCCACAGUUUAUAUGUCGACAGCGAAAACGGCCUGGUGAAGAUAGCCAGCAGCCUUGGAGUCCGACUCCUUCCUCCCAGAAAGAAGAUCAUUGUGAUGAUAAUGGGUAACCACUCUGCAGGGAAGAGCUCCUUCAUUAACUGGUAUGCGGAGGAGCACAUACAGAAAGCAGGUGUUGCCAUUGAAACACAGGGGUUUACGUUCAUCACAAGUGGUCGCAAAAGAGAAUCACUGACGGGGAAUGCAACGCUUCAUCUCUAUCCUCACUUUCGACCACUCCUUGAGUUCAAAGGUGUUAUGGACUAUCUGUCUGCUGAGAUCUCCACAUCCAAGCAGAAGAAGUUCAGUCUGGUGACAUUUGUGGACACACCGGGUUUGGUGGACGGAGACAUGGUCUACCCUUUUGAUGUCAACAGGGCCAUCACAUGGUUGGGAGAGCAGGCCGAUUUGAUAUUUGUGUUCUUUGACCCAAUGGGCCAGGCGCUCUGCAAACGCACACUCAACAUUGUAGAAAAUCUGAGUGAGAAAUGUGGAGACAAACUAUUGUUCUACCUCAGCAAGGCUGAUGAAGCUGGCAAGGAAACAGAUAGACAGAGGGUGAUGAUGCAGAUAGUCCAGGAGCUGUGUCGCCGCCCAGGUCUCAACAAAUGUGGUUUUGAUAUGCCAACAAUAUACAUCCCCAAUCCACAAAGGCCGAGCCGCUGUGUGAACCAGAUCGAUGGGGUGUGUCAGACCAUCGAGAAGACCAUCAACCAGGCUGUUCAAAAGACUUUGGAUCAGCUGGAGAAGGACUGUGACCUUAUUUGUUCCACCAUCAGCAGCAGACUGGAGCAGGACAGGGCUGAUGUGACUCACAACAAAAGCGUCCGUCUUCACUCCUUUUUGUGUGGCGCUCUGGGUAUUUUCCUCCCGGUCUUCUUUAUCCUCAGUUUCAUUGUGAACACAGUCUCCAAAGAGCAGCUAGAUGAGCUGCUGGGUGAAGGACCGGCCCGGACAAUCUCCAUCUUCACAGGAAUAGUGAUGUAUUUAUGGGACUGGAUACCAGAAGAUGGACAAGUAGUGUUUGUCAUCAUUUUUGGAGCUUUUUGCUACAUCCUGCUUUUCCUAGCAAAGCAUUUUGCAGGCCGAGGGAAUAAGACUCUGAUGAAGAAAGAGAAGAGGACGAUGGCAGAGUACAGUGAUUAUAUCCAGGAUAUCGUCAAAACUAAGAAGGGGAAACUGUAUGAGUGGUACCUCCAGCAGUGUGCAGCAGAAUAUGACCUCUGACCCUGGGUAAGACAGUUUACACCUGCGUUUUGCCGUUUUGCAACAAGAUUGUUGUGAAAACCGACUAAUCUGCAUCAUUAUGUGUUUCUAGUGGAAUCAGUGGGACUUUCUAAUUAAAUGAUGAACCACCAAAUGAUCAGGUUUCUCUCCUCUCAGUCAGGAAGGUAUAACCUCUAAAUGCAGCAGAUAUCACUGCCAACAUUUAUCAUCUCAAGAGCUUCCAUUAAAGAUUAAGUGCCUUAAUUAGUUAGUACAGGAGAUGCAGUGAUUUUUAGUCGUUUGAUGAAAACAAUUUCAUAAUGUGAAUUUUUUUUUUCUUCAGUUUUUUGUAGUUCAUAAAAGUUGAUGCCAGGAAAAAGUGUUUACAACCUUAUUUUUCCUAAUUUCUUCAUGAAUAAGUUGCAGCUGCUUUCAUCCAGAAAACCGUCUGGCAGCCCGUUGUCAAUGUUGUCAUGUGGUCGGAAUCCUUAACUCUCACAGCACCGUCCUGAAGUCUGUCAUGUUGUCUUUACAAGGUGCUAGAAUUUCAUACACUUGUGUUCGACUGUUAGCAAUUAUAGAACAACCAAUGCUGUGAUAAAACUUGGGCAUUAUGGAACGGACAUUUUGUCAAAUUUUCAUAACAAUAAGAAGCUUUCUCAUGUCUUUAAAGCGUCUUGCUCCAUGUUUUUUUUGUUGUUUAAAUUGUACAGCCAUCAAAUAUUAUCAUUGAUAAAUCGUUAUCAUGUUGACCACAGUCAAGACCUGUGAUUUAGGUACUUUAUUACUACAGUAUAGUAAAACUGGUUAGCUGUGAAGUCUGUCCCUGCACUGAUGUGUAUCUCCUAGUUGUUAGUGAACGCUGAACCCUUCAUGCUUUAUAGAUCUGUGUAACUCAGAUCUAGUGUUAUGACUACAACACCAUGUAAGGCCUUCACUCCAGUUUUUAUAGAUGUAUUUAUCAGUCUUCAAGGUGCUUUUUACCCAAAUAAUGUAGAAGAACCUCUACGGGCUGUUUGCAAUAUCAUUGUGAACACUGUGUUAGUUUGUAUUGUGUGUGUUAGAUGCCUCCCAGGUAUUGUCCUCAUAUGAAAAAUCUUUGUUUUAUGAAAUAUUUCAUUUAGAAAUUUGUGAAACAUGUAUGUGUGUGAAUGUAUCUAUUCUGUGUGAUUUUCCACAAAUAUUUUUAUUGUAUGAAAGCCAGGCUCAACUUACAAGAUGUUUUUAAGUUAUCCCGACUCAAAGAAUGAAGAACUUGCA